AUGUAUCGUCAAGGCAUGAAAGGAGACAGCAUAAAAAGAAGUGUCAGCGUAGAAAAUGGUAUUUGGAUGAAUAGAAAUUUUGUUGGGCUCGGGAUGAAAAAAUUGCUCGUAAAAAAUAGCAUGAAAUCAAUUGCCAUUUGUCGUAAUCCCCAAGUCCCACAUCACAUGCAGAUAAAACGACAAAAUGAAUAG